AGCGACGUUUCUUAUUUAAACGAGUACCAUUCGCGUUACUACACCGUUAUAGAAAAUAUCAUUUAGUUUCUAAUACAAAAUGAAUUUGAUAGUUUUAGUUGUUGUGAUUUUUAGUGUAACAGCAUGUGAGAGCAAAGUUUUUACAAGGUGCAGACUAGCAACGGCAUUGGUAAAGACGAAAAAGAUAGAGAAAACCUUUUUGGGGAAUUGGGUAUGUCUCAUAGAGAAAGUGAGCAACCGAGACACGAGAGCUUUGACAGUGUCAUAUUACGGCAAGAAGUCUUAUGGGUUGUAUCAGAUACCUGGCAAAUGGUGCAGGGAGGGCAAGAAAGGUGGCGAAUGCAACAUAGCAUGCGAAUUGCUCCUUGACGACGAUAUCAGAGAUGACACCGAGUGCGCAGUCACAAUCUUCCACCGAGAAGGCUUCCAGUACUGGACCAUGUGGACUAAAAGAUGCAAGAACGAUAACCACAUUACCAACGAAAUUUACAAGUGUCCGGAUCUGAUAUCGCAAAGAUCCAUGGAAAGUCCGGAUCGGACCCUCAUGCCUCACAGUGAAGCUCUGAGGGUCAAGCGAAGACUGUCCAGGAAGGGCAUGGAACGGUCAAGACUAUACAGCUACUACGGACUACCGUGGCUGGCGUAGUAUCUGAUACCUAAUUGUUUUUGUUAAAAUAUACUGUUCAAAUUAUA